AUGUCGUUAAUAAGUUGUCGCUUCUAUGAGGACAAGUUCCCGGAGAUUGAUAGCUUUGUGAUGGUCAAUAUAGCAGAGAUGGGCGCCUACGUCAAAUUAAUGGAAUACGGCAAUAUCGAUGGCAUGAUUCUUCUAUCCGAACUCUCACGGCGACGGAUAAGAAGUAUACAAAAGCUCAUCCGGGUGGGGAGGAAUGAAGUGGUGGUUGUGCUGAGGGUGGACAAGGAGAAGGGCUAUAUCGAUCUCUCAAAACGACGUGUUUCCCCCGAAGACAUUGUGAAAUGCGAAGAGCGAUACAACAAAGGCAAGAUGGUCGCAUCAGUCAUGCGGCACGUCGCAGAGAAGACGCGAACGCCUAUGGAAACGUUAUACCAACAUAUUGGCUGGCCACUGAACAAGCGAUACGGACAUGCUGUAGACGCUUUCAAGCUCUCUAUAAACAACCCCGACGUCUGGUCCGACAUCGACUUCCCCUCCGAAGCCGUAAAAGACGAACUCCAAUCCUACAUCUCCAAGCGCCUCACCCCCCAACCCACCAAAGUCCGCGCCGACGUCGAAGUCACCUGUUUCGGCUACGAAGGGAUCGACGCCGUGAAAACCGCCCUUCGCACCGCCGAGGCGCAGAAUACCGCUGAAACGAACGUGAAAGUCAAAUUAGUGAGCCCACCCCUUUAUGUCCUGACGUCGCAGUGCUUGGAGAAAGAGACGGGGAUAAAGACGCUGGAGAGAGCGAUUGAGGGGGUAAAGAAGGAGAUUGAGGGCCAGAGGGGCAGUUGUAUUGUUAAGAUGGCGCCGAAGGCGGUUACGGAGAGCGAUGAUGCGGAACUGCAGGAUUUGAUGGCGAAGAAGGAGCGGGAGAAUGCGGAGGUUAGUGGGGAUGAGAGUGAGAGUGAGAGUGAUGAGGGGCCUGUGCAGGGGGAUAUAUAA